UUUCAGUAUGGAAGAAAGAGAGGAAGAGACGAAGAAGGAGAUGAGUCGAAAGGAGAAGCGAAAAGCAAUGAAGAAAAUGAAGCGGAAGCAGAUUAGAAAGGAGAUGGCGGAGAAGGAGCGGCAGGAGGAAGAGGCGCGUCUCAACGAUCCCGAGGAACAGAGGAGGAUGCAGUUGAUGGAGCAGCAAGAGGCUGAGAGGAUCCAAAGGGACAUUAAAGAGUUCGAGGAGAGAGAGAGGGCUUGGAUGGAGAACAUGAAGAUGAUCAAGGAACAAGAAGAAGAACGCACCGCCAAGCUUCUCCAGCAAUCCGAAUCCAAGACUGACGGUGACGCUGCUGCUGCUGCUGAUGAUGAUCAAUACGAAUAUGUCGACGAAGAAGGUCCUCCACAGAUUAUUUGGCAAGGAAAUGAGAUCAUCGUCAAGAAGAAAAAAGUCAGGGUUAGGGUUACCGUUCCACCUCCAAACAAGGAACACGAGGAACAGGAACUGGAACAGGAACAUCAUCAGGAACAGGAUGCUGAUAAUCGACCUACAUCAAAUCCCUUUCCCCCGCAAUCACCCCCUCAACAGUUGCUCGACAAUGUUGCUCAACAAAUACCAAAUUUUGGAACUGAACAGGACAAAGCUCAUUGUCCUUUUCAUUUAAAAACCGGAGCAUGUCGUUUUGGUCAGCGUUGUAGCAGAGUCCAUCUUUACCCUGAUAAGUCAUGCACCUUUCUUAUCAAAAACAUGUACAAUGGUCCUGGCCUUUCUUGGGAGCAAGAUGAUGGCCUUGAGUGUACAGAUGAGGAGGUUGAACGCUGUUUUGAGGAAUUUUAUGAGGAUGUUCACACAGAGUUCCUGAAGUUUGGAGAAAUUGUCAACUUCAAGGUGUGUAAGAAUGGUUCAUAUCACUUGCGAGGAAAUGUCUAUGUACAGUAUAAAUCUUUGGAUUCUGCUCUGCUUGCUUAUAACUCAGUUAAUGGUCGCUACUUUGCUGGGAAACAGGUAAGUUGUACAUUUGUUAAUUUGACCAGAUGGAAGGUUGCCAUAUGUGGCGAGUAUAUGAAGUCUGGUUUCAAGACUUGUUGCCGUGGAACAGCUUGCAAUUUUAUCCACUGUUUCCGUAAUCCUGGUGGAGACUAUGAAUGGGCUAAUUUGGACAAACGGCCUCCAAAACAUUGGGUAAAAAAGAUGGUCGCUUUAUUUGGUUAUUCUGAUGAUUAUGAGACCUCAAGGGAGGAAGGAAACUUGAGUGUGCUGAAGAACUCCAGCAACAUGUCAAUAGCAGAUUCUGACAGGUAUCACUCAAGAAGAUCAAGAUCUAGGAAUAUGGAUCGAUUAAAUAGUGGUCGUUAUGGCAGAAGCAAACAUGAAGAUGAAAGAAUGCAAAGAACUCCGGAUGAGGAAUGGAAUGCCAACUUUAAAGACAAUCGUAAAAGAAAAUGGCGAGGCAGAACUCCUGAUACUGAUAAAGAGGAAGAUAGUGAAAAGUACCAUGAUCACGCUAGGAAAAGCUCCUUUAAUAGGAACAAGGAUGAUAUUGGCAGAAGCCUUCAAGAGGAUUCUGAUUUGGAUUGUGCUACUAUAACUAGAAAACAGCAUGGCAGAAGAGAAGGAAGAAACUCACGAAAGUGGAACAGGGAUAGGAGUGACUGGAUUUAUGAGGCUGGAUUAGAUGAGGAUAUAGACAGAGAAAGGCGCAAUAUUGGCCAAAGGAAAAGCUCAAGACAUCAGAGCAGGGACAACAGUAAUGUAAUUGGUGAAUCUGAAUCUGAGAAAGAUUUGCUUGAUAGAGGAGACAUGGAAGCACAACAUGAUGGCUCUAGGAAAAGCUUGAGACUCAGAAGAUCUGGUCUUCAGGAAGACUAUAAAGACUAUGAGAAUGAAAAUGACAAUGUCGAUGGAGGUUGGUCUAGGUGGAAGAGUGACAGACGAGCAUAUCAUCGCAAAAAGAAGAGCUUAAAAAACCAGAAGAAAUCGGAUUCCAUCAAUGGAGACACUAAGAAUGCAAGUCAGGAGAGCAGUGGAGAGUGGUAUGGUAAAGAACUGAAGCGGGGAUAGACAUCGUCAUGAAAGCAAAGGAAGAUAUAAUUACUUAUAACACACUAAAGAAUCUAAAUUUUUUUAUUAUAUUGAGAAGACUGGUUAUGAUCUUAAUAUUGGUAGAACAUGGUUAAGCAAUGACUGAGGAAGGGCUGUGACUCCAGAAAAUAGUUGCAGACAGAUGAAUUUAGUGUCAGGGUUAUAUGAUGUUUGACAGGAUGUUUUCUAAUGUGAUGGUUUUGCUAGAAGGUAUUUUAACGCGUAAUAAUCUUUUCCAAGGCUUUCUAGUUUUCCUAGAAAAGUCCAUUUCUUAAGGAUUUAGGAAGAGUGGGGAUUAGAAGAGCCUUAGUUUUGUUGCUUGGGAUUCUCAACUCUCUUCAUUGCUUGAGAAUUGCGACUUUGGUACUGAGACACUCCUAAUUCUACUUGUAUGAUAUUCUCAGUACUUGUUAGUUAGACUUCAGUCAAGUCAAAAUUUAUUUAUUUAUUUAUUCAUUUUGUUUGGACUAAUGCACUUAACGGGAGUGCUAUCUCGUUGUCCUUGUGUUAUCCGAGCUUUGGAAGCAGUUGUAAUGUUUUCCUGCCA